UCUUGUCUCCACGCUGUCGUAAGUUGAAAAGUCUGACACUUUUAGCUUAGCUGUUUACUUUCGUUUUUCCACGGGUUUUUACUCACUAUGGAGGACUGGGACGCUGAGAUAAACGACUCAGAGACUUGCGGAACAAGUUUCCGACUCGGGUGCGAGCCAAGCUUUCAGGGAAGAGUCAGUGAAACUCAUCGCGGCCGUCAAACCCAAAGCAACGGUCCGGCCGCUGGCUUCGGUCUGGGAAGAGGUGGCGGCUGGGGAGGAGGCGCCCCGCCGACGAACCGCAAGGACGCCGCCGACAGCAGGAACCACGGCUUCGGCAGGGGGAAGUGGGGGAGCGACUCGGACAACUGGAGAGAACCGGGCGGCAGAGCGCCCAGCGCGCGGUCGAACCAGGGCGGUGGUUUCGGCGGCGGGCGCCGAGAGGCAGAUGGCGAUCGAGGCGUGGGGAGGGGGAGCCGCUUUGGCAACAGGGACGGGGGGAACUCUUGGGACCCCUGGGAUGACAGGAACGGGUCUUCACGGGAUGACGACCGCGGGGGAUUUGGUGGAAGUCGUGACAGGAGGGGGCCUGGGAGGGGAGGAGGGUUUGGCGGCCGGUCAUCACAGGACAGAGGCGAGUCAGGAGGAGACAGGAAAGUCAUCACGAUAGCCAGUACAGAGGUUGGCAAGUUGAUAGGAAAAGGUGGAUCAAACAUCAACCGCAUACGGGAUGAGAGUGGAGCCCGCAUCAAUAUAGGUGAACAGGAUAUUCUAGAGACUGAGGUGGAGUUGGUGGGGUCACCUGAGGCCAUUGAGCGGUGUGAGACCCUCAUUAACGACCACCUGCACCCCGAGGACAAGAUGCGCGAAGAAAUGAACAAAAUGGCCUUGGAAACUCCAGCACCCAGGAUCAACUGGAAGCAGCUGCAUGCCAACAGGGAAGCCAUGGAGGCAAAGAAAUGGGAACACUGCCCGCAGAUCAAGAAGAACUUCUACUUUGAAGACCCAGGAGUGGCAAAUAUGACUCCUGAAGAAGUAGAAGAAUUUCGGAAGGCAAACAACAAGAUCACCUGUACUAGUGAGGCAGGAGAGCAGGUCCCCAACCCUGUCAGGACAUUUGAGGAAGCUUUCGAACACUACCCUGAGAUCCUGACUGAGAUCUACAAACAGAAGUUUGAGACGCCCUCACCUGUACAGAGUCAGGCAUGGCCGAUAGCCCUGCAAGGAAAAGACUUCAUCGGCAUUGCUCAGACAGGAACAGGGAAGACGUUGGCCUUCCUCCUACCUGGACUCAUCCACAUAGACCUACAACCUUGCCCACGUUCCCAGAGAGGAGGUCCCAACAUGCUGGUUCUGUCCCCCACUCGUGAGCUGGCCCUGCAAAUUGAGAAAGAAGCCAAGAAGUACAGCUAUAAGGGCAUCAAGUGUGUGUGUGUGUACGGUGGAGGGAACCGGCGUGACCAGAUCAACCUGGUGCAGAAGGGCGUGGAGAUCAUCGUGGCGACCCCUGGCCGGCUCAACGACCUGCUGAUGAACGGCAUCCUGGACAUCACCAGUGUCACCUUCCUGGUUCUUGAUGAGGCAGACCGCAUGUUGGACAUGGGAUUCGAACCCCAGAUCAUGAAGAUCCUCCUGGACAUCCGACCUGACCGACAAACAAUCAUGACCAGUGCCACCUGGCCUCCAGGUGUGCGUCGCCUAGCAACCAAGUACAUGAAGAACCCCUUCAUGGUCAACGUGGGAUCCCUGGAUCUGGCCACGGUUCACUCAGUCACACAGUAUGUGGAGAUCAUUGAUGAUGAGUGCAAGAAGGACAGGGUGAGACAGUUCUGUCUGGAGGAGAUGGACGAGGAUGAUAAGGCCAUGAUCUUCGUGGGACGCAAGGUCACGGCUGAUGACCUGUCCAGUGACUUCUCCCUGGAUGGCAUCAACUGUGAGUGUAUCCAUGGAGACAGGGAGCAGUGUGACCGAGAGUCUGCUUUGGAAGCUCUGAAGACAGGAAUCGUGAGGAUCCUGAUAGCCACUGACGUUGCCUCCAGGGGGAUAGACAUCAAGGAUGUAACCUGGGUUGUGAACUACGACUUCCCCCGUGAUAUGGAGGAGUAUGUGCACCGUGUGGGGAGGACAGGCAGAGCUGGCCGCUCUGGAAGGUCGCUGUCGCUGAUGACUAGAGGAGACUGGAAGAAUGCAAAGCACCUGAUUGAUCUGCUUGAAGAAGCUAACCAGGAGGUUCCACAGGAGUUGGUGGACAUGGCCGAGCGCUACCAGAAGUUCCGUGAGCGUCGUGACGCCGAGGGUCCCCGCGGCGGUGGAGGUGGAGGGGGUCGGCGUUACGGAGGAGGGGGUGGCGGAGGAUUUGGAGGAGGGGGUGGGGGGUUCGGCGGCAGAGGUGGAGGGUUUGGGGGUGGCUUUGGUGGUGGUGGAGGCAGGAGAGGAGGGAGAAGAGACAAGUUUUCUGCCGUCAUCAUUCCCCAGUACGGUAUUGCAUAGUGGAUUUACAUGUUCCCUUGCUGCGGGUACACCAGGAUACCUCACGAACAUUCCAAGUGCCAAACUUCAACAUUGUCAAGGUGCUAAGUUUUCCUGCCGAGUCUGAAAUGUUACAUGCUUGUAUUACAAACUAUGGUGCCGUCACCUUCGUCAUAAGUUGACAGUUUUGAUGUGAUAGGGACCGUUGACAGGGAUCUAAGGCAGCCUUUUCAUUUGGAAGACUUUAUGUAUGACUUUUGCAAUAAUGCACUUAUUACUUUCUGAUCAUAUGAUGAAUGUGACCAAGCCCUUAGUUAAAGAGCUAGCAACAGCAGUCUGCGGUAUUUAAACGUUUGUUGCGUUUUUGUUUCACACCACAAGACUUGUAAUACUUCAGCAGACCAGCAUAUUUUCAUUUGUUGCUGUGAUGAACACAUACUGUAUGUCUUGUGCCGCAGCCAUCGUGAAAACUAACAGAGCAUACAUUGCCAUUUUGUUUUAGUAUCCUUACAAGUUUCUCUGCAAGCAUUCUUGAAAGUCAAUAUAUCAGAGAAAGGAGACUGACUGAGCACCUAUGUUUUAGGUUUGUUUUAACAAAGCCAACCUCCUUGCCAAGAAUGUACAACAAUGCAAUGUGUGUUGUUAUACUCUAUUUUUUGUCACAGGAUGUAUUUUUGUAAUGUUUUUAGUUAACUUUACAUAGAAGUAGAUUGUGCUCUAGCCUUUAGUUUACAGAAAUAUGUGCCUGGAAAAUACUUGUUUGAAAUUGUACUGGUUCUCAUUAAUGACAUACCUCAGAGACCAUCCAGACUUACAGCACAAGUUACUGCAGCUGUAUAAACUAGAACUGUACCUUGCUAGAAAGUGUUAUCAGCAUUGUACCUCAUCUUCAGUUUCAAGGUACAUGUUGUGGUAACAGUAUACCAUAGCUCUAUUCUAAGGUACUGUGCCAGUGGUAACCAAAACUGCAGUAAGCAGGUGAUGGUGGAAAACCGAACCAGUAAUAUGUGUGUACCUGUGUUGAUCUCAAGCACAUGUAUGGUACCUCUUGAUGCGACUAAGCACUGGUACAAUGGUUCUUAAAGCCACAAUAGACCUCAGUAGUGUGACCAAACCCUUGCACAUGUGCCUAACAACCGGUCCUAUUUCUGUUCCUACUGAAUACCAGAUGAAAUAAAGAUAUCAUUCAUGA